AUGUCAUCGUUAAGCGAGACCAAUUUGACGUUCGAUCCUGUGGAAGACGCGGUUGCUGCUUUUAAAAAUGGCCAAUUCGUGAUUGUGCUCGACUCGCAAGACCGUGAGAAUGAGGGCGAUUUGAUCAUUGCCGCAGACGCUGUGACGGAGGCACAGAUGGCAUUUUUAGUGCGAUAUUCGAGUGGCUACGUUUGCGCUCCAGUCCUCCCCUCCCAUGCCGACAAACUCCUUCUACCACAGAUGGUAAUCAACAAUGCAGACCCUCUCAUCACAGCCUACACAAUCUCUAUAGACUCCAAUGACCCCUCUGUGACUACUGGUAUCUCUGCACACGACCGCGCCUUGACAUGCAGGCAAUUGGCAGACCCAAAUAGCAAGGCCGAGAAUUUCCGACGUCCAGGACACAUCCUCCCGCUGCGCGCAAGGGAAGGCGGCGUGCGGGAGCGGCGAGGCCAUACUGAGGCUGCGGUUGAUCUAUGUCGUUUGGCUGGCCGAAAUCCUGCAGGUGUGAUUGGCGAGCUCGUCGAGGAAGGCGAGGUCACUGAAGGCGUGGCUGAAGUUACCGGAAAUAACGGUAUGAUGAGGAGAGAUGCUUGUUUGAGAUUCGGUAAGAGAUUCGGAUUGAAAGUCACUACUAUUGAGGAUAUGGUUGCCUAUCUUGAGAAGCUGGAUCCAAAUGGGACUUUUGAUUUCACAAAUGGUUGUUAA